AUGGCCUCUGAAAUCAGCCCCAUUUUGGGGAAAGAGGUUGAAAAGGAAACAUCUGAUGAAGCCGCAGGCCCUGUGAACAUGAGGCUGGGGAGAUCUGGUUCACCUGUGCCCAGUGUUCAGACAAUGCAGACACACCGUUCCAAGGAUGAGCCACCAAACUUCAGCAAGGAGAUGGAGCCCAUGGGACCAAGUCUCUCUCUCACACAUAUGAUGAAUGGCUUCUUUCAUGAAAGAGUGUAUUUUUCCACAGAGUCUGGAAGGAGACCUGCACCUCAUGAUCUGAGGAUUGUGCUGGUGGGAAAGACUGGAGCAGGAAAGAGUGCAACCGGAAACACCAUCCUGGGGAGAGAGGUGUUUAAAGAGGCGUUUUCCCCUAAAUCUGUCACCUUAAAGUGUGAGGAACAUAGUGGAGAGGUGGCAGGGAGACAUGUUACUGUGAUCGACACACCUGGGAUCUUUCAUCCAUCUCCUUCUUUUGAUCAAAUCACACGUGAAAUGAUAGAAAGCAAGAGCCACUUUUUCCUGCUAGUGAUCAGACUGGGGAGGUUCACAGAGGAAGAGAGGGCCACUCUGAAAAGGAUCCAGGAGAAUUUAGGAGAGGAGGCUUUGCAGUACACAAUGGUGCUUUUCACGGGAGGAGAUGAGCUGAGAUCACCAGUGGAGGAGUUUCUGAGUGAAGGCAGCGGUCAUCAAGAGCUCAUCCACAGCUGCGGUGGUGGAUAUUACGUCUUCAACAACAGAGACAGAAAGAACCGCACUCAGGUUGCAGCACUGCUGGAGAAGAUUGACACUGUGCUGUUUAAUAUGACAGGAUACCAUCAUGCCACAAUGAGGAUCCAACAGGUUCAAAGAAUGAUACAAACAGAGGAGGAGCGAAAGAGGGAGGAGAUUGAGAGAGAGAUCAGAGCAGAGGAGGAGAGAAAGAGGGAGGAGUCUGAGAGAGAGAUCAGAGCAGAGGAGGAGAGAAAGAGGGAAGAGUCUGAGAGAAAGAUCAGAGGCAAAGGUGAGCAGGGCAAAGGUGAGCAGGACAAAGGUGAGCAGGGCAAAGGUGAGCAGGACAAAGGUGAGCAGGGCAAAGGUGAGCAGGACAAAGGUGAGCAGGGCAAAGGUGAGCAGGACAAAGGUGAGCAGGGCAAAGGUGAACAGGGCAAAGGUGAGCAGGGCAAAGGUGAACAGGGCAAAGGUGAACAGGGCAAAGAUUGGUGA